AUGGAGAUAGACUGGAACAAUUUUGAUUCCUCGCCGGCGUCGGCGCUUCUCUAUCGCAAGCUCGCACUUGACAAUCUGAACACGAUCCUCCGCAGUGGCGUGACGGAUCUCAAGUUUACGCCGAACUACCCGCUCACCAUCGCGUCGUUCUCGGACUCGACGGGCUCGUACAGGGCGGUGCCAUAUGUUCCCGUCGACGGAUACACCUGCGUCCCCGUGAUGUUUCCGGAGCUCCUGAGCACGUUCGAUAUCCACCUGAAAACGCCCGCGGGCGCCAUGUGGGUACUCCUUAAGGCGUCCGAGGCGAAGGUUAAGGAGCUGGUGUAUCUGCGGCCCGGCGAGAAUCCGGUACUGAAUCCGGGCGGAAGAACGCUCAAAGGUGUUUUGGGCGUGAUUCGGGAUGCGCCCGCGGUGCAGCUGGAAACUGGGGGUGCUGAGCUGGAGGAGGCGCCGGUGGAGGCGGUGCAAGGCGCGGUACUGAACACGGCAUUGUCGGUUGUCGAGGAGAAAGAAGAAGGAUCCCUAAAGAGACCGGAGCUUUUCCUACCUGUGGUGCCGGCAACGUCUAUGUACAGCUGGCAAACGGAGCCUGACCCGACCACCGUCGAGCCUGCGGAUAUCCAACCACGGUCCGACAGAAAGCACAAGAAAAGAAAGAAGAGCUCCAGGUCGAAGGCGGCGGCAGCACAGGGAACUCUCAACGAGGAAACAGUGAAUCCCACUACGGGCGAUGACGCGACGAAUGCUACAGUGGAGGAGGUUCAGAUGACCGAGGAGGAGAGGGCGAAGCGGACGGCGGCCAAAGCUCGGAAAGCAGCUAAGAAGAUGGCGCAGAGAAAAGCGUCCAGGGAGGAGGACAACUCGAUAGCAGCUCCUUUGGACGAGCGCUUGAUAGGGCCACCCGAUCUGGACGACGCGGUGAAGGAGAGAAUCCGGAUAGCAGAGCAGGUGGCUGCGGUGAUGAGGGCGGAGGAGAACGAAGAAGUGAGGUUGAGACUUCAGCAUGAGAUUGCCAAGGUUCGGGCUUGGAGCUUGAUGCAGAAGAAGAAACCAUAUCAGCUACUCCCGGUAACGGAAAUGUCGCCUAUCGCUUCGGAACCGACUUCAGCAAAUCCCGAGGUUGACGCGAAGGUCAACAGCAUAAUCGCGGGUCUGCGUCGAGUCGUCGAGGAGAAGAGGCAGAAGGUUGACUCCAUCUUGGCUGAAGGGGAUCUGGUUGUUGUGCAGGAGGAGGAUGGGGGGCCGGUUGUUGUCGAGGCGGAGGAUGUGAUCAUCGAAGGAGUCGCAAAGCCGAAGAAGACAGUCGAUGAGUGGAUAAAAGAAGUGAUGGAAUUGCCAUUCGACGAGGAUGAGGACAUCUGGGGACCGAUCAACAGGACGUUAACUCCAGCGGUUCCAUACAAGCUCUCGAACACCAGGCUUACCCGCGAGAAUCUGAAGGCCGCCCAGAGGAAGCUCUCCGCAAAGGAGACUAUGAUGGCGCCUGCUCCACCUCCACCACCGCCGCCACCACCUGCUGCACCGGAACCGGGAAUGCUGGGGGAUUUGGGACUCGGGGGUGAGCAAUACGAAAUUGUGGUUCCCGUCGUGGAAACCGUGGACACUGGACACAUCAAUCAUCUGGCCCGAGCCCGAGCAAUGCUCGCUGUAGCCCCGGCCCCGCCGCCCCGUCCUCCACGACUUGCGGUUGCUCCCGCCCCACCACCUCCGCCGCCUCCUCCUCAUCCUCGAUUCGGGUUUGCAUCGGCGCCACCGCCCCCGCCACCACCACCACCUCCUCCCGUAUUUGCAUUUGGACCAGCUCCACCGACAUUCGUGCAUGCGAUGGGACUUGCACCAGCGCCGCCUCCCCCUCCUCCACCGCCCGCACUCGCACUCGCACCUGCACCUGCACCCGCAUCCUCACCCGUACUUGCGCCUGCACCUCCGCCUGCGCCUGCCCUUGCGCCCGCACCCUCGCCCGCACCGGCAAUGGCGCCCGCACCGGCAAUGACGCCCGCACCGGCAAUGGCGCCCGCACCAGCAAUGGCACCCGCACCCUCACCCACACCCGUGGUCGCCGUCUCGAAUGAUGUUGCGGUGGAAUUUUCUCACCCGCCUAGGGGUGCUUUCUCUCCCGUAUUUGCCGUCCCUACUGCCCCACCUUCAUCAACCACCAGUAACGGGUUUUCAGUCAUCGAGUCCGUUAGAUUGCCCGGCCUCGAGCUCGAUAUGUCUGUGAUCGGCAUGCUGACUCCGCGCCCUGAUGGCCACCACUCGGCCGCCCCGACUGUUACCGGCCAUUGCGUUUCAUUGGACGGCAACAGCACCGAUCAAUCCCCGGUGGUGAUCGACACACCGGCUUCGUCGCAGUUUGGCGAAACCCGGAGCCAAAAGAUUGGGGACAUGACCAGCGACGAACUCAGAGACGAGAUCCGCACCGUGAUGAAGGAUGCGUUGAUCGGUGUUGUGAGGCAGAUUGGCGGUGCGUUGGAGCAACGCGCUUAG